UGCUUGGACAGUUGCCUCAUUGUGUGCCGCAACGUAACCCUCUCCUUCGUGCUGGUAUGACAGAUAGUACAACGCCGACAAAGACAGGGAGCGCUCCCACACCUGCACCAGAAGUUCUGGCUGCACUACCAGUUCAAACUCAGGAAACCGUCAAGGAAAUUAAGGAAGUCAAGGACAACGCUGAACCUGCACCACCUCAACCAGCUGCUGCGCCGAAUGCCACUACUACUGCUCCAGAGGUCACACCCACAUCUACCGCAACCGUGGAAUCCCAGGGAACCGAGAAAGAAGAACCUGUGGAACCUCAGAAUUCUCUCACUGAACGAUUCACCCAGUCUGAGUGGACGGCACUCAAAGAGUUCCGUAAACAAUUACCUGAAAUAUUCGAGGCUGCCUACUCCGAGAAGAAGGACGCCAAAACGACCCCCAUCACCCUUUGGGGUGUUGAGAUCGACCCCAAUAAUCCUUUGAACGCGAAAACGAGUGUCGUUCUGAUGAAAUUUUUGCGAGCCAGAAACUUGAAUCCGAGUGCAGCCCACGACAUGCUCCUUGCCACGUUGAGAUGGCGUGAUGAAUUCAACGUUGAAGCUGCUUGCCAAGAAAUUUUUCCUGAGGACGUUUUCGGUCAGAUUGGCAAAAUCUAUGGUAAGGAUAAGGAGGGGAGACCCGUCGUCUACAAUGUUUACGGAGGUAAUAAGGACAUCAAGAAGGUUUUCGGCGACGUUGACCGUUUCCUGAGAUGGCGUGUUGCAUUCAUGGAGAAGGGUCUGAAAUCCCUCGAUUUUGAGACUGUUGACCAGCAGAUACAAGUUCAUGACUACGAAGGUGUAUCGAUGACUAGCCGUGACGCCAACUCCAAGAAUGCCGCUUCUCAAGCCAGUAGCAUCUUCGGUGCUCAUUAUCCCGAACUUCUGUACAAGAAAUUUUUCGUGAACGUGCCAUCUUAUCUCGCCUGGAUUUUCUGGGUAUUCAAACCCAUCCUUCCCGCGGCCACCCUUGCCAAGAUGUCCGUGGUUGCUACAGGUUCUCACGCGAUUGGGAAAGCGCUUCUUCCUUAUAUAGAUGAGAGCCAACUUCCGAAGAGAUAUGGGGGCAAGGCUGAGGCAUUCUAGAGGCUCUAAGUUGAUCAACAGUACUUUCAUUUUACGGUUUUUGCUUUCUUGGUUAUCGAACUUUCAGGAAUUUCUCUGCUCGUAUGAUGUAUAGCUUACUACUUCUUCUAAAUAUCCAUAUUCAUUUUCCAAUAGACGUUGCCAUUGAUUGUGCUCCUCCUGCCCCCGCCAAACCCCCUGGCGCCCUCCCCGAUUUUUCAACCCGGAAGUGAUGUCUAUAAGGCAAUUGUUCGCAUCGGUACUGAUAGAUAGGUUCCACG